AUGAAGUUUCUCAGGGCCGCCGCAGCUCUGCUGCUCGCCGCGGGUGUCUCGGCCAUCAAGAAUCCAGUUCUCCCAGGAUGGAACCCGGAUCCAGCCAUCCUCCGCGUCGAGGACACGUACUACAUGGCCGUCUCCUCCUUCACCUACUUUCCCGGCGUGCCAGUCUACAAGUCCAAAGACCUGGCGAACUGGGAACUCGUCUCUCACGUACUCAAAACCCCAGAGCACCUGCCCAUAUACGGCAUAUCCCACGGCGAAGGUGUCUGGGCCCCGUCAUUUUCCUACCACGAUGGCCUCUUCUACAUCACCUCCAUGACCCGCUGGGGCUCUGACCCGAACUGGCGUUCCUGGCCGCGCAUCUGGUACAUCUCGUCCCCGGACCUCGUCACCUGGUCAGACUACACGUGGGCGGAGCCCUACGGCAUCGACCCGGACAUCUUCCACGACGUCGACGCCGGCAAGACGUACCUCAGCCUCAUGGGCGUGAACAACAAUUACGACCGCUUCUGGGGCAUCACGCAGUGCGAGAUCAACCUGACCACCGGCAAGUGCGUAGGUCCGUACCGCAGCCUCUGGAACGGCACGCUCCCCAACAUCGCCAGCGCCCGUCCCGAAGGCCCGAAGAUGUUCAAGCGCGGCGAUUACUACUACCUCCUGAUCGCAGAGGGCGGCACGAGUACAGGCCACCGCGCGACGAUCGGACGCUCAAAGUCGCCCGAGGGACCGUUCGAGGGUGCCCCAAACAACCCGCUCAUCUACAACGGCGCCGACCAGAACCUCACCGUGCAGUCUACCGGGCACGCCACCUUCACCGACACCCCCGACGGCGAGUGGUACGCCUCCCUCCUGGCGCGCAGGAACGUGAACGGGAGGUCGGUGCUCGGCCGCGAGGCGUUCCUCGUCAAAGUCGACUGGGAAGACGACUGGCCGAUGAUGAACGGCGGGGAGCCCCUGAUGCUGAGCCAGAGCAUCGACGGGGGGCCCGACCAGCAACUUCCUAAGCCGAAGUGGACGGACAACUUUUCAGGGGCAGAGCUGGAUCUGAGUUGGUACCAGGUCCGCACGCCAUACACAGAGAACUUUCGUCUCAAGUCGUCGGCGGCGAGCAAUGAUAAGAGGAUCGUGGCAAACGAGUCGUUGUCGGGCGGUCUCGUCUUCAACCCGAACGUUUUCACCCUCGGCGACCGCGACACGCCGGCCGCGGUCUUCCACAAGCAGACGUCGCUCAACAUGACCUUCUCCGCGAAGCUGCUGCCGACAGAGAAGGGUCUCGGACCGAGGCAGUCCGUCGGCAUCGCAUCGUACCUAAGUGAGGUCAACCAUCAGGACAUUGGCGUUAGGGGCUGCUGGAACAUGACCGGACUAUGCUUGUACGUCGAUCUGCUGCCGACGUCGGAUGGGGCCAACACGCGGCCAAACUCAACCGAGUACCCUCUGGGCCAGUCGACGAUUCCUUCGGACCUCACAUUGCACAUUCGCGCCGCUCCUCUGACAUAUUCCCUUGGAUACUCCCGCGGCAGCAACUCGACCUCGCCGACGUGGGUGAAGGAGUUCAGCUCCCGGCAGAUGAGCGCGAACCCCGGGUAUCCCAACUUUGAGGGCGCCAUGUUCGCGCUCUUUGCGAGCGGCAACGGCGAGCCGUGGCCGUACGACGCGCCUGACGUCGGCUUCAGCAGCGUCGAGGAGGUCUACUACGAGGAGAACCUGCCUGAUUAUGAUGACUGGAAUUAA